AUGAUGGUCGGAACGGCAACGUCGAUUGUGGAGGCUAAAUCAGUUAGAUCGCCGUAAGUGGAGUAGAAUCUGCUGAAACGAUUGCUUUAAGUCCCUUAAUCAUUCACAAAACUCAUGAUGUUCUCACGGAGAUUUACCAGCGAAACAUUGUGAUCAAAAAUUACAAAACUUGCAUUGGUCAAGCAGAAAGCCGGUUGCAAUUACCGGAGAAUUUCCGAGGAAGAAAUGAGGGCGAUCCGAAAGAGCUGAUCAUAACAAUUACCCGGCCUAGGUUUGUAAGUAAAUUAAUCGUAUUUCAGUUGACCUCGUCUUUGUUUUUUUACAUGCAAUGCAAUUUCAGCCCGGUAGGCCAAUGGAGAUAAUUUUGGAUGGGGUGAAUCCUAAAUGGUCGUCCUUCAAAUGUGCGGUUCGUAGAUCCGACGACGAAUCCGACGACUUGGAAUUCGUGGAUGUCAAGUUCGUCCGAGAGAUCAAUGGAGACGGCAGGAUUAUGGUGAGCAUACCAUUUGUAUCACAAUAUAUUUGUAACCCUUUUUAGAGCGGAGUUUUCAAAGAACAGAUCCGAGAAGACCUUUGCCUACGACUGACAAUCACUGUCGCAGAGCACGUUAGCGACUCUCAGCCGUUGAAAUCCACGGUAACGACUGUCAUAUUUCCUUUGAGUCAACAUAAUUUUUAGCUUUCGCCUCAACCGGUCAACAUAUCCAAGAAUUAUCUCAAGGAGCAGUACUCCGACUUUAAGAUUAUUUGUUCGUACGAAAACGAAGACGAGGUUGUAAUACCGGUUCACAAGAACAUUCUCUCCGUGGCAUCGCCGUACUUCCGGGCCAUGUUCCACGAUGACACUAUGGAAUCUCAAGCGGGUCAAGUCACGUUGACUGUUGUUCCGUAUAAGGUACCGUUUGAUUUUUUAAUCAAAUGAAAAUCUUUUAUUGCAGGCUUUAGUGGAAAUUUUAUACUGCGUGUAUCAUGGUGAACAUAGUCCUGCAUUUAAACCCAACGCCCUGGACGUUUUGCUGGCCGCCGACUUCUUCGAGAUGGUUCAUCUGAAGGACUACACGGCCAGGUUUCUGGGCGACAACUUGGGUCGUUCCAAUGUUUUUCGAGUAAUCGAAGUCGCCUCGAAAUUGAAUCUGAACUGGCUAAUCAAGAAGGCCUGUUUGUUCGUGAAAUACGAGAUGACUGACAACGAGGCGGUAAGGUUAAGAGUUCAUAAUUCAGCUCGGUUGCAGAAAGCGCAAUUCUCCGCUUUGUUAAGCCGGAAUCCGGAGCUUACUGUAGCCCUACUUCAGAUGAUUUGA